UAACUUAUAUAUUAGAGAGAGAAAGAGAGACGUAAAGAGAGAGACUUUAUAAUUUCUUCAAUCAUCUUUUCUUCAUUAUUAUCCGAUCCUUCAAAUCUUUCUUCAUACGCUUAAUAUGUAUGCAUAUACGUACAAAAUUUGUAUAUGAGUUAGGAAUCUAUUUCUGUUUCUGCUCAAGUACUGAAAGCCUAAAAAUUCAAUUUUCAGGGUCAUCUGAUCCAAUUUUGUACAUAUUCUUUGUGAAUUCAUUGUAAAAAAAUAUAUAUAUUUGAUUCACGAAUUUGAUGUACAGGUAGAUAAAGAUUUGUCAAGUACAUAAUACAACAAAGAAAGUUUUUGAAAAAUUUGUUGUUGUGUUUUACUAGAAGUUUAAAGUUUUGAUUUUUAUCUUUAUUUUGUGGGGUUUGGUAGUUGUGUUCUUUAUUGCAAAGUAAAGGAAGUUUAGAAGAAGACAGAUUGGGAUUCAAUAGCUAUUUUGUGCUAUUCUGUUGUGAUUUGAAGAAGCGGUGAUUUUUCAGUUGUGGGGUUUGGAUUUUUCCUGUGUUGGAAGCAAAACACGAAGACAGCUGUGAGAUGAAAGUUUAAGACUUUUCCCAUGUAACGUUUUUUUCCCUAGGGCUUAUCAAGAAGUGGUGAUAUAUAGGAACAAGCUUAAGGGUUAUGAUCAGAAGAGUAGAAAAUAGAAGAUUCAAGAAUCAGAGGGUUGUUUUUGAUUUUAGUGUUGUUGUAUUUGUUUUGCCCUUGUGGUCUGGGGCAUGGGAAUGAGGAAUGAUGACCAAAAACCACCUCUUGAAGGUGGAGUAGUGCCUAGGUCAGGGAGGGGCAAGCAUGGUGUUUUCCCGAGUUCAUUUCGAGCUCUCUCUAAGAUUGUAUCCUCUGGUGCCUCAACUGUUGCUUCCACAGUUAAGUCAGCCGCUUCAGCUGCUUCGGCCAUCGUGGAGAGGGAUAAUGAGUCCAGCCAUGAUCAGGUUCUCUGGGCCGGGUUUGACAAGUUGGAAUGUGAGAGAGGCACAACUCGGCAAAUUUUGCUCCUGGGGUGUCGUUAUGGCUUCCAAGUUUGGGAUGUUGAAGAUGGUGAUAAUGUGUGCAACUUAGUUUCCAGGCAUGAUGGUCCUGUUUCUUUUGUGCAAGUGUUACCGAAACUAAUAGCAUCGAAGAUUCCUGACGACAAAUUUUCUGUUAGUCGCCCAAUGUUGAUACUUUGUGCCGAUGGAUCUUUUUCUGGUGGUAGUAACAGUGGGGAGGGCAUAGUAACUCCUCAUAAUGGAACCUUCCAACAUUAUCAUAACCAAGCAAGUGCCACUUUUCUGCCUACUGUUGUUUGGUUUUAUUCCCUGAGAUCUCACUCUUACGUGCAUCAGUUGAAGUUCAGAUCAGUUGUUCACUUGGUAAGGUGCAGCUCCCGAGUGAUUGCAAUCUUACAAGCAGCUCAGAUACACUGUUUUGAUGCUGCAACUCUAGAGAGGGAAUAUACUAUUGUCACCAAUCCUGUUGUCACGGGGUUUCCUGCUCCUGGAAACAUAGGUGUGGGACCUCUCGCAGUAGGUCCCAGGUGGAUAGCUUAUAGUGGAAACCCAGUUUCAGUCUCGAAUUCUGGUCGAGUCAAUCCACAGCACCUUACUCCUUCUGCUAGUUUCCCAAGUCCAGCUCCAAAUGGGAGCCUUGUUGCUCAUUAUGCAAAGGAAUCAAGCAAGCAACUUGCUGCUGGUAUUGUGACUCUAGGCGACAUUGGGUACAAGAAGCUGUCGAGGUACUAUUCUGAACUGCGACCAGAUGGUACUAGUUCUCAGUCUGUGAAUGCUCGUGUCAAGGUACCCGGAGCUGCUAAUGGUCAUUUUCCAGAUGCGGACAGUGUUGGAAUGGUCAUAGUCAGGGACAUCGUCACUAAAGCUCUUGUUGCACAGUUUAGGGCACAUAAGAGUCCCAUUUCAGCUUUGUGCUUUGAUCCUAGCACUACUCUUCUGGUGACAGCUUCAGUUCAAGGUCAUAAUAUCAAUGUAUUUCGUAUAAUGCCUGGACUAUCUGGGUCUUCUUAUGUCCAUCUUUAUACGCUGCAGCGUGGACUGACUAACGCGGUCAUACAAGACAUAAGUUUUAGUAGUGAUAGCCGGUGGAUUAUGAUAAGCUCUUCUCGAGGAACUAGCCAUCUUUUUGCGAUAUCUCCUUCAGGGGGAUCAGUUGAUUUUCACACUGCUGAUGCAUGUUUAAGUGCUCGCACUAAUGGCUCUGGGGUGAUGACAAAACCUUCAGCUCCGAGGACCAUGAAUUCUCAAGUGCUUAAUCAACAAAGCAUUUGUGGAUCUGGCCCACCCGUGGCACUUUCUACUGUUGGCCGAAUAAGGAGUGGAGCUAAUGGUUGGAAAAACACUCUAAGUGGUGCUGCCGCUGCUGCAACUGGAAAUGUUAGCUCUCUAUCUGGGUCCAUUGCUUCAGCGUUUCAGUACUACAAAAACUAUAACCAAUAUACAGAUGCAGCCUUUCUAAAAUCAAAUUAUCACUUGCUGGUUUUUUCUUCUCCUGGCUGUGUGAUACAAUAUGCUUUACGUAUGUGUUCUGGCCUAGAUUCUGUUACAACCAUUCCUGCAGUGGCUACAACAUUUGAGUCAGGCGUUGAAGUUGAUACAAGAUUAGUCAUAGAUGCAAUCCAGAAGUGGAAUAUUUUCCAGAAACAAAAUCGCAAAGAGCGAGGUGGUAAUAUCGAUAUAUAUGGUGAAGUUGGAGAUUGUGAUAGCAGUAAAGUAUUUCCUGAAAGCAUAAAGGUGGAAAAUGGUCUCUAUUCCAAAACUAGGAACACAAUCACAGAAGAAAAGAGAAGUUCUGAUGAAAGACAUCAUAUGUAUAUAUCUGAAGUGGAGCUUGAAAUGCAUAAACCCCAGAUUCCAUUAUGGGCAAAACCGGAGAUCUAUUUUCAAUCAUUUGUUACAGAUGGGAUUAACGUAGGCGAUGUCUGUGCUUUUGGAGGAGAGUCUGAGAUAGAAGCAAUUCCAACUCACUUAGUCGAGGCGAGAUCAAAAGAUCUAAUUCCAGUUUUUGAUUACAUUCAAGCUUCCAAGACCCAGCAAGGGAGGGCAUGUGUUAACGGUGAUCAUAGCCAGCAGUCACUUCCUAGGCUGGAGGUCUCUGGAAACUGCAUUCUUAUGGCUAAUGGUGGUUAUGGAUCGCGUCAUUCUAUGAAUGGUCCCAGGAGCGAAGUUCACUGUGGCCAAGAAGUAACUGGUUUGGAUGGUAUCCCAAUGACAGGUCAAACAGCUAAUGGCUUUGUAAAUAGUAGUGAGAGCCCUAAAGCGGACAGUCGGCUUGCUUUUGUAAAUAGUAUGGAGAGCUCUGUGAAGGAGGCACAGUCUAAGUUUGUAAAUAAUAACCUAGGUGGUGCAGAAAUGGAGAAUCAUUUCGAAGAUGAAGUUGACGACGUUGAUUGAAGGUUUUCGUUAUUCGUUGAUUAAGUGGGAGGUCUCUGUAAGUGUUAAUAUUGGUGGGGGGAAACGUAGAGAAGGAAAAGGUAUAGGUUCCUUGGCCCAACGAGCAAAGUCAUGUGGAUGGAUGCUUUGACUUUGUAAAUAUUAAACUCUGAAACUUGUCCAAUAAAUAGUUGUAAUAUGUAAAAAUAAUAGUUCGGAUCUUAUAACUUGUUGCAUUUUUUGAUUACUUUCGUUAACUUA